AUGUGUAGCGAAAAGACCUUGAGAAUUAUCGUGAUAGCAUUGAAUAUUUUUAUAAUCAUCCUUGAAAUAGUGAAAGUUGCAGCCGAAUUAACUGAGGAAAUCGAUUACAGUUUGAUAUUUGUGAUCAUAUUGGGACUUAUAGUAUGUGGUGUUGCGCUAGCAGCAAUAUUCGGAAGCAUACUAAGAAAACCAAAAAUUUUACGUAUAUGUGCUUAUGCACUCAUUGUUUUUCUGGUAUUUGUGAUAAUUGCUGUAAUAAUAAGCAUCUAUGCGUUUGUGACACUAGAAGAUAGCAAGAGAGAAGAAUUAAUUGCAACAUUUGACAAGUAUACCGAAAAUAAGGAUGACGAAAAAUACGUAGAUGAACUACAAAAAAUGUACAAAUGUUGUGGAGUUGAUGAUUCUUUGUACUGGAUAAAGAUGAAUAUUACAAUUCCUGAUUCGUGCAAAGGAAAAGAUAAUAAAAUUUAUCCAGAUGGUUGCUUGAGCCAGAUAGUGAAACAUACAAAAAAAACGUAUCCGGUGAUCCUUAGUAUAUCUUUCAUAAUUGUGGGACUUUAUGUAGCUGCUGUCUCCACUGCAUUUUCUUUGUCAUCCAAAUUGAGGAAUCCACAAAGGGACGCAGAAUGA